AUGGAGCGCCGUGCCCACGGUGGUGCAGAGGAGGUGCUGCGGCGGAGCAAUGCGGAGGGGGUCCUAGGGUUUGGGGGCGCCGCCAAGGAUAGGGAUAGGAACGCAGGGGGGUUCGGGGGUCCUACUUAUGGGGCGGCAGAACCCUCGGCGUGCGGGCCCAGCGUGGAGAGAUCGCCGGGGAUCUCGGGCUCAGGCGCGGAGGGGGACUUCUCCACCUCAGAGAAAGAAGUCAAUAACGCAUCGACCAAGGAAGACUCGGCAGUAGGAGGCUUCCUGCGUGGUGGGUCAUCGGAGGACGAUGAAGAUGAUGAUGAUGAAGAGAUCGAAGGUGGCAGCGGCUACAGCGGUGACAGCGGCGGAGAUGAUGGCAGCAGUGACAACGACAGCAGUUAUGAUGAUAGCGACAUUGGUGCAACCCCUCUGAUCAAGCGCCGCAAGGUCUUAGGCACCUACUGGUGGUAG